UAGUGGGUGGCAAGAUAAAGGUCAGGUUGUCCAAGGACUUUGGGCAAAUCAUUUCUUUUAGGCCUCCGUGGGGUUUUGGCUGAAGGCCAAGGCUUACCUUUCCAAGUGAGAAGCCUGGCCCCUCCACUCUCUGAAGAAGCCCACCAGGUGCAUGGGAACCACAGUCUCACCUGGGCUUAGGAAACACUGCCCUCCAUCCCUGGCCUGGGCGGUCCAGGGCGGUGGCCUCAGCCAAGCCUAAGAGAAAUCGACUCCCUUCAUUUAAACAGUGGUGAAACCAAGCAAAACCGAACCGGAAUUAAAUUGUGGGGCUUGCCCAGGGUGAGGAUGCAGCACAACAAGCUCUGGGCCAACGCUGGGGAUGUAAGGGCACCCAGGUGUCUUCCAGGGGCAGCUUCCACUGUCGCCAAAACUCAUUUUGACAGGACCCUCUGGGUUGCACAAGCUCAGGGGUGCCCUGUAGGUGUCCCUGAAUCUCAGUGACUUUUCUCAAACACCAGUGCCUCACUGAGCACGUUUUCAUUACCUCCCUUCCUGGAGUGUGUUGGGUGGUUCCACCCAGACCAGCUGGUGGGCCGGGCACCUGUAGGACUUCAAGGAACCGGCUGGCCCUCAGGAUUCCAUCCAGGGAGAACCAAGAUGACCAUCUAAUUUCUUUGUUUCAGGCUAUGUAAACUUAGCAGUAAAUAAAAAUGAGCAUUUUACUGAACUGCAAUUGGAAGAAGCAGCAUUAUAGGAGAAAAAAAACAAAAUUAUUUAAAAGAUUAUUAAAGGAGAAGAAACUUUGUGGCUGAAAAGCUGAACCAGCAUUUCAGGAAAUUAAAUCUAGAAAUGUACCAUGUUAAAAAUCUGAAGUGGGUGGGUUACAAAUGUAACCACUAAUAUACAGUAAAUCGCAACCUUAACAUGGUGUGCACAGUAGUUGUACUUCAGUGGUUACACGCAGUGACUGACUAGGUACUGCUUUUUUCUGUGCUCUGUACUUGCCCCCACUUAAGAGAGUGGCAAAGUGUGAUUAUUGGCUUCAAGGUAUCAACUGCUGUUGACUGGAAUUAUAGCAGUGGUCUCCACCUGUGCUGAGGGCCCCUCUAGGUUCCGUGUCUGGGACCCGGAUUCUCAGGGCCUGUUUAUCUGCAUUUCUGAUCCAUGUGUCCUCACCUAGGUCCACUGUGGUCCUUGACUGGACUGCUAGUUUCUGCUGUGCCCAGCCAUUGGUAUCCUUACGCUGCCAGCUGUCCCAUUUGUCUGCCCUCCCCACCGUAGAGUGUCCCAAGUCUAAGCCCUGGUUUCUACCCAGUGCAAUAUGAUUUUAUUAAUAAGAGAUUUAUCAUUACUGGUGGGGGAGGCUGACAAGGCAGUUAGGUUCUUAGCAUUGUCUUAGCUGUAAAAUGAUAGUGACCUGCUUUUCCAUUAACCUAUAUUUGUGAGUCUCAAACAUUUCGUGUGAAAAUGCCUUGCAAAUUACUCUAAAGAACUAAAAAACAUGGAAGAUGGUUUUGUGAUGGUUUACAUUACCAAGAUUAACCCAGACAUGGUCACAAAAUUUAAUAACCUUUUCACAAAAUGCCCUUUAAACUGAUUUCAGGACUUAAGUAGCAAAGUCAAAUGGAAUGUUACUAGAUCUUCAACUUCACUUCGGGUAAAGGAGGCUUUUUUCUGCCUUUCUGAUGAACCUUAGAGGAAGAGGGCGAGGUCGUCGGGAGGCUUGAGCGAGGGCUGAGGGAAAAGCGGACUCGGCCUCCCUGAGUCCCAGAGGAAGUUGCAAGUGCCGCGUUCAUGGUCGCCAUAGCGACGGAACCAACUUCCGCUCCACCCACUACUUCCCCCCUCGAGGCGCACCAUGACAACCAGACUCCUGCGUUGCGGAAGCUAGGACUUAGGUUACUACGGUUAGGGAACCGUGGCAGAUAUCACCGCCACUCUGAAGGCGCUCGAGAAUGUACAGCCAGCGGUUUGGUAUCAUACAGCGGGAGAUUAAGGGCCCCACUCCCAAAGCGGUGAUUGUGAGAGCCAAGCCUCCCCAAGGCCAAAGGGUUGAGCAACAUCUUGAAAGAAUCCGACGCAACUAUCAGAAACAUCAGGCUGUUUUGGAUUCCAUUAAGUCAAUAGAGCGGGAUCGCUUGAGAGUUGACUGGCACCAGCACAGUGACCGCAAAUUUGUGAAGAGUCUUGUGAAAGCCAGAGUCAAGGAUGCCGCACAAGGGUUUAUCAUCAACACCGAAGAAAGACGAAAUAAGCUCCGUGAGCUUUUAGCAUCUGAAGAAAAUAAGUAUUUUGCUGAAAUACGAUUGAAAGAAGAAACAAUUGAGGAGAGAAAAGAUAGAAUGAGAGAGAAAAUCAAAUUAUUAAAGGAGAAGAAAGAAAAAGAGAGACAGGAUUUUGUGGCUGAAAAGCUAGACCAGCAAUUCAGGGAACGCUGUGAAGAGCUCCGCGCCCAGUUGUCUUGUAUCCAUGAGAAGAAGGUGUGCGAGGAGCGGAAAGCACAGAUUGAAUUUAACAAGGAGCUGAAAAGGCAAAAGCUGGUAGAAGAGGAGAUGUUCUCAAAGCUCUGGGAGGAAGACCGAUUAGCCAAGGAACAGCGAGACAGCGAAGAGGCGAGGAGACAGAAAGAGCUGGUGGAGAACACACGCCUGGGGCUGAAUGCCCAGAUCACCGCCAUCCAGGCACAAAGGCUGGCGGCGCGGCAGCUGGAGGAAGAGGAGGCACGCCUUGUGGAAAAUGGCAAAGCUCAGGUGAAACUUGAAGAUGAGCGGGAAAAGCUAAAGAAACAGAAGACGAAACAGGAAAUUAGGGUCACUUUGCAGAAAGCUCUCCAAGAGAAGAUAGAACGUGUUCAGCAGGAACACAGACAAGAGCAGGACUUGGACCUGAAGCUCGUGCGCAGCGCCUUGCAAGACUUACAGGAAGAGGCUGAUAAAAAGAAGCAAAAAAGAGAGGAUAUGAUAAGAGAACAGAAGAUAUAUCAUCAGUAUCUGGCACAGUGUCGUGAGGAGGAAAGUGCCCAGGAGAGAGAACUGGACAGAAUACUGGAGGAGGAGAAGGCAAAGAAGUUGGCUGAGAAGGACAAGCAGCUGAAACUUGAAAAGGAGGCAAGGAAACAACUUGUGAAUGAGGUCAUGUGCACAAGAAAACUUCAACUUCAAGAAAAGCUGCAACGAAAGGCAAAAGAAAAAGAAGAACGUUCUCUGGAACAGGAGCACAUAAAUGAAAGCCUUAAAGAGCUUAACCGUGAAGAGAAGGAGAAUUUCGAAAGGCGCUCCAAGUUAGCCCAGGAGUACCGGCAGCAACUUGGGAUGCAAAUGUCCUACCAGCAGCAAGCCCGGCAGGCAGAGAAGGAGGAGGAGCGCCGCGAAGUGGAGGCGGGGCUGGCCGCGAACAGGGUCUGCCAGGACAAGAUCCGCGAGCUGCUGUGCGCGCAUCGGGUGCAGCCCCGAAACGUCCACCCCAUGCGGAGGGCGUGCUCCACGCGGUUUCCACCAUAGUUUCGUAACCAAUUUUUCCUCAGUCUUUCCGUAUUUUUAACUGCAGUAUGCUUAGUAUAUGUUCCUUUGAACUCUUAGAUAAACUUCUUAUUUUCUCUGA